AUGAGCAUCUACGAGGGACCCUACUUCAGCUUGAACCGAAAGCUGCUUACCUGCAUCGGCUGCUGGCCCUACGCAGCGUCGAGGAGCGUCGUCAGGAGCUUCUUGGUGAUCCUGCUCACCGUGCUGUCCAUACCUCACUCGAUCAGCGCGAUAAUGCACUACACGAACAUGGACAGGCUGAUGCUGAGCGUCCUCGUUACCGUCACCAUUACACUCAUGACGAUGAAGAUCGUGGGCCUGGCGCUGGCCGAGGGCAAGAUGAGAAACGUGUACGACAGCUUGGCGAACAACUGGGCGGUGACGCGCAGCGAGAAGGAGCGCCAGAUCCUGGUGAGGUACGCGAGGAAAGGCAAGCUCAUGACGACCUUCUACGCGGUGUCCAUGACGGCGUUCGCCGCGACCAUCAUCAUGCUGCCGUCGAUACCCAAGAUCCUGGACGUGCUGGCCCCGCUGCCGCGGCCGCGGGAGCACGUGUACGUGACCGAAGGUGAGUACUUCGUCGACAGGAGCAACUACUUCGCGGAGCUGUUCGCGAUCGACGCGCUCACGGUGCUGUUGGUGAUUCUGACCACGGUGUCGGUCGACUCCAUGUACGCCACCUGCAGUCUGCAGUGCUGCGCGCUCUACGCCAUCGUCAGCCAUCGCCUGCGAGCGCUGCGCUCGAUGGGCUCCGACGAGGCGGCGGCGGCGGCGUCGUCGUCCGUCGGCGCUCCGCAGCCCGGCUCCAACGAGUGGCUCGUCCAAACCAUUUUGCUCCAUCGCUCGGCCCUCGAGUACCCGUAUCGUUCGACUUUAACGCUCGCUCGCCCAAGCCCAACGACGACAGCUAACGAGCGCGCGCUCUUUUGUUCCCUUGCUCUCAGCUUCACCUCGGCCAUCAACGACACGUUCUCCGCGUGCUUUCUGUGCAUCGUCACCGCAAACCUCGUGCUCAUCCCGCUGAGCGCUUGCGCCGUGAUCGCCAACGUGGGCAGUCCUAUCAGUACAUUCACGUCGGUGUCCGUAUUGGCGGGCAUCACGCUUCACCUCUUCAUCGUCUUCUGGCCAGGUCAGCAGAUCAUCGAUCACGGGGACGGCCUUUGCGAGGACGCCUACAGCGGCGAGUGGUACACCACGCCCAUGUGCACCAAACGGCUACUCGUCAUCUUCAUGCUGCGCUGCUCGAGGGCCUCGCCGCUGACGGCCGGCAGACUGAUGCUCAUGAAUUACGAGACCUACGCCAAGAUCAUGAGAACGGCCCUGUCUUACAUCACGGUACUCGCCUCGUUUCGUUGACAGUCUCGUGCGUUGCUGCAUACGCACCGUAUUAAUUUCAAC